UGUCUCUGUCUCUGCUUCAUGGCGCCGGUUCAUCUGUGUCUCUGUUCAUGGAUGAGCCAGAUAUAAUUAGUGCUGCAAACUGCUUAUAUUAAAUCAUGUCUGUUUGUUUUUUAUAGUGGCGUCGAUCACAGUAUGGUGUGUUUAAUAUAGAUAUAUUAUUAUGAUGCAGCCCAGUUUAUUUAUUGAGCUGGUCCCAGUUAGAGCAACUUCCUCAAGCUCAGGCCAGUUAAACAAUAAAUGACUUACAGAAACAAUUAAAGGGACAAACCACCGAUUUUACACAUUUGUUUGCAGGGCCGGUCCUAGACAUUUGGGGGCCUUCAGUAGGAUUUGGUUUGCCCCCCCCCCCCCAAUUAAUUUGCACGAGUGAUUUACAUGUAAAGUUAAUGUAGACUCGAUUAGAUACAAAUUCCCACCGGGCGGUGCAAUGGACAUGAUGGACGCCACUGGAAUGACGUAAAACUACACUGUACGAUUGUUAAAAUCUUGUUGUUAAUACCAGCUCACACUGUACGAGUGAAUCGUCUGCGAUGUGCGGCCAAAGCUCACGAUUUAUGUGCUCACACUGUACGUUCCGAUCAUCAAGCACGAUCAGAGAGCUCACACUGUACGGGUGAAAACGGCUCGUCGGCCCCUGCUGACUGUCCUGCCCGUUGACAGCUGUCAAUAAAGAUACAUUUGAAAGCUCCGAUUUGUUCCGGAAGUGCCGUUGUUGUCAACGAAGCAGGACAAGCGGUUUGCUUUGAUGAUUUGCGCUAUACUGUGUGCCGAAACGUCCAAAAAGAAGAGGCAUCAGCGCAUAUGGACUCGCAGAUGGCUUGAGAGACGUGGACAGUAUGGUUUGUCCAUUUUACAACGAGAGUUGGAGAGAAGGACAGGCUCCUCUCCUCCGUGGCCGGCUAUGGGUCCCAGGACCAUCUUGUGGGAGGAAACCCUCGUCCCACUACUCUGGUGGGCUCUGAGCCCCCUCAGAAGCAGGAGGAAGAGGAGGAAGAGGAGGAGGCCCUGAGGAGGAAGCUCAAGUACUUCUUCAUGAGCCCUUGUGACAAGUAUCACGCCAAGGGACGCAAGCCUUUCAAACUGGGUCUGCAGCUGCUCAAAAUCAUCAUCGUGACCGUGCAGCUGGUGCUGUUCGGACUGAGCAACCAGAUGGUGGUGACGUUUAAAGAGGACAACACAGCUGCAUUCAAGCACCUUUUCCUGAAGGGAUACAAGGACGGUGCUCCUCAGGCCGUCCAUACGCAGGAGGAGCUGUACAGCCGCAUCCACUUCGCCAUAGAGCAGUACAUGGCUUUACCUCAGAUCUCACUGGGGCGGUAUGCAUACGCGUUGGGCGUCGGUUAUAACGGAAGUGCGCUCUCACUCUGCCAGAGGUACUACAGGAGGGGCACCAUUGAUCCCGUCAACGACACCUUUGACAUCGAUCCCACUGUCGUCACCGAGUGCAUUGGACUGAACCCGCUGACCGACAGUUCAGCUCCAGGAAACAGUGACUACAAGAAUUUCACUCUUAAGUUCUACAAGCUGAUCAAUGUAACCAUUGACUUCCAGCUGAAGGCCAUCAACAUUCAGACCAUCAUAAACAAUGAGAUCCCCGACUGCUACACCUUCGCCAUCACGAUCAUCAUGGAUAACAAGGCGCACAGCGGCAAAGUCAAGAUCAGUCUGCAGAACCAGGCCACAAUAAAGGAGUGUAAAGACCCCAAUGUUUCGGGACACGCGGAGAGCUACGCUCGGGAGUUCUUAGAUGUGCUGGUGGCGUUCGUUUGCCUGCUGUCCCUGCUGCUGUGUGGCCGCUCCAUCCUCAGAGGCAUCCUCCUGCAACACGAGUAUGUGCAGCUUUUCAAACACAGACUUGGCCGCAGCGUGAGCUGGGGAGACAGGAUGGAGUUCAUCAACGGCUGGUACAUCCUGCUCAUCAUCAGCGACAUGUUCACCAUCAUCGGCAGCUUCAUCAAAAUUGGGAUCGAGUCCAAGACUUUGUCAUCGUAUGACAUGUGUGGGAUCCUGCUGGGAACCUCCACUCUGCUGGUGUGGGUAGGAGUCAUCCGUUACCUCAGCUUCUUCCAGAAAUACAACAUCUUGAUUGUGACUCUCAGAGCUGCUUUUCCAAACGUUAUCCGCUUCUGCUGCUGUGCAGCUGCCAUUUAUAUGGGAUACUGCUUCUGUGGAUGGAUCGUGCUGGGGCCCUAUCAUACCAAGUUUCGCUCCCUGGCCAUGGUGUCAGAGUGCCUGUUUUCUCUCAUCAACGGAGACGACAUGUUUGUGACGUUCGCUGAGAUGGAGCAGAGCGGCACGCUGGUGUGGAUCUUCAGCCAGGUCUACCUGUACACCUUCAUCUCCCUCUUCAUCUACAUGGUGCUGUCCCUCUUCAUCGCACUCAUCACCGGAGCCUAUGACACCAUCAUGGCCCAAACACAGGAGCAGGUACGAGUCAGCGACCUGCACACGUUCAUUGCAGAGUGCACGGACACACCCAGCUCCGGCAAGUUCCGCGGGCCUGAGGGGUCAUCGUGCUCCUUCCUCUGCUGCUUUGACUGUUGAGGAGGAGGAGGAGGAGGAGGAGGAGGAGGAGGAGGAGGAGGAGGAGGAAGCACAGAGGGAGUACAGAGGGAGUAAGCAGUGUACGGGUGUGUGUGUUUUUUCCCUCUCUUUAAAGCACUGUAUUUCCACUCUGGUGACAGCUGUCUGAAAUUGCGCUCCUUCCUCCAAACUCCCUGCGGGGACGAUAAACGCCUCGCGAGUGCACAGACUGACCUUGGGCCGCGCUGUCCGUCUUUGAAUUUUGCAUUUAGAUUUGUACUGGAACGAUUGAACGCUCUGCACAGUCACAAGCCCAAUUACCUGCUUCAGCUUUUGUACUGUAUGAAUAAUUUAUCGUCUCUCUGAAAUGUCAGUUUGUUACGGGCUGUGACGACUGGACGCAUAAUGCCAGUAAACAUAUUCAUUGCUGUAGACUGGACACAGGGUCCGCUAAGUAAAAUGGAUGCACAUUUUCACUUGAAUGAUCCACUGAACACACACAGGGUUUUAUUAUCAUUUUAGUAUCCACGUGGCUGCCUUGGUGACGGGAUGUUUGGCCUCUUGAUUAUGUAAAUAUGUGUAUAUCCUCUGAUAUUUUAUAGCACAUGAACAAUAGGCACAAGAGACGGCUAAGCAGGCUGAAAAAAGGGAUCAUUAACCGCCACGUGUGCGCUUUAGCUUCUGCAACGUUUUCAGUCGAGGCUCUGCUCCUCAUUUCAUUCUUUGCUUUGUUCAUGUCCUCCUCCGGCUGCACGAGGAAGGACGAGCCCUGCAGCCAACCAGUUAGUCAUCAAUAUGUAUGAACUGUUUGAGCCAGGUGACUAAUGCACCGAGAGACUCAGCCUCUUUACAGUUUGGUUUAAAGUGCUCCAUGCAGGGCUGUAUAAUUAUAUUCCUGUAGAAAAUCAGGACUCAAACAGCAGAGAGCGGUGAGGAAGGAAACAGUGGAGGGCAAAAAAAGGCUUUAAGCCUCUAAACCUUUAUGUUAUGCGGAUUAUUAGUCGUAGUCUGAGUCGUUACAUAAAACCUAAAAACACCUUCUGAUACUCUGCUUGGACGAUCUAGGCAGGGAAAACACAUGUACAAAAAAAAAGUUCUUGAUUCUUCUCCAGUUGUCCGUUUUCAAAUUGCAGCCCAACCACUCUUUUUCUUUUGCUCAGUAGCAGCAGGAUAGUUUUUAUAUCAGUUGCUGGUUUGCCACAGUUUGUUUUAGUAGUGUUUUUCAUACUCACUUAAGUUUUUUGAAUGAAUUCUUUUUGCCUCUGCCAUUGUUAGGUCUCAAGAUUCACACCAGCAGUGGUGUUUUUUAGUUCAGUCCGGGUUUUUAUGUUCACCACGAGACAGCAUGUGCUCGUACUUGAGAUACUAAGGCUUAACCCAGGUGUUCUCACGCUGGGACUCCAUUGUCACAGACGAACUAAGACAAAUUUAAGCCACAUUCUAGUUGAACUAGUCCACAUUAAGGCCUAACCAGCCCUGAGACUUUUUAUGCACUGAAUGGAUUAAUUUCUCUCAAAUUUUGGUAACAAAAUUGUUAAAAUCCAUGUUAGUGAGCACUUCUCCUUUUUUCCAAGAUAACCCAUCCACCUCACAGGUGUGGCAUAUCAACAUACUGAUUAAACAGCAUCGUUACUACACAGGUGUGCCUCAGGAUGGUCACAGGAAAUGCUCACAAGUUCUCACUAACAAGGAUUAAACUAAUUUGUGACAAAUGCUGUGUCUCAAAUCGUGUACAUCCGUCAGUACACUUCUAUGUAGUACACUAUGUGCACUAUGUACUUAUUGGCGUAGUGCGAAAAUUUCGACAGGGUAGUGUUGUCUCAAACCAAACACGGCCGUUGUGCGCUCAGCGGAAAUGACGACCGCAGCUGUUAGCUAGUUAGCAAACUAGCAUUAGCAUUGGCGUUAUCGUUCGCGGUACCAAAUCAUUACAGACAGCUAAAUUAACCCAAUAAACAUACUGCUGGCUUAUACCCGACAACAGUAUAGUGGUGCUGAGUGCAAAAAACACAUGUAUUUGUACAAUGCAGCGACGCCAUUUCCAGUUUGAAAAGUGGUCCCUCCCCUUCCGCUACGUAGCCAAGAUGGCGACCACUGAGGGCGAGAAGUGUCCAUAGUUCCACACUAAACUUCUUGACCGUUUUGAGUGCACCAUCCGGGUACUGACAGUGCACUGCAUUUUUACAUGCUUCUCAGUGUGAACGCACUUAUGCACUCAAAAUAUUAAGUGUAAGUACAGAAGUACACGAUUUGAGACACAGUGCAAAUUCUGAGAGACGUAAGUGUUUUGUGUGCAUAUAAAGUCCUAGAUCUUUUACUUAAACCUGUGAAAAAUGGGAGCGAAAACAAAAAUGUUGCGUUUAAAUUUUUUGUUCAGUGUAUUUUAAAAAUUCUUUAAUUAAAAUACAUGUAAAUGUGUGGUAUAAUUAUUGGUGGAAGAAGUAUUCAGAUCGUUUACUGAUGUAAAAGUACGAAUACCACCGUUUAAAAAUACUGUUACAAGUGUUUAAGAUCUGACUAAAUCAAAGUAAAUACGUAUAAGCAUUUCAAUACAUUUAAAGUACCAAAAGUACUGCAAAAUGGCUCAUUUCAGAAAUAUACAUGUAUUUUUUAUGACUGGAAAAUAAUUAUUGAUGCAUUCAUGUUACAGCAACUUUAUAAUCUGCUGGGUCGCUUAAUCUUAAAUAAUUGUAUUUAUUUAAUUUAUACCUGAAUUAUAUCUUGUGUUAAUAAUCUUAAUCUGCAAAGUAACUAAAUGUAGUGGAGUAAAAAGUACAAUAUUUGCCUCCACAAUGUAGUUGAGUAGAGUUAUAAAGUUGCACAAUAUAGAAAUACUAAAAUAAACUACAAGUCAGUGUACUUAGUUACUUUCCAUCCCUGGAUGUAAUUGUAUUUUUAUUCAUUUAUUCAUUUUCCGUACCUGCUUAUCCCGGUGGGGGUUGUGGGGAGCUGGAGCCUAUCCCAGCUGACAUUGGGAGAGAGGCGGGGUACACCCUGGACAGUUUAGAGUCACCAGUUAACCUGCAUGUCUUUGGACUGUGGGAGGAAGCUGGAGCACCUGGAGAAAACUAAUGCUGUCAUGGGGAGAACAUGCAGACUCUGCACAGAGGGGCUCCCCCACCACAGAGUUCGAACCAGCAACCCUCUUGCUGUGAGGCAACAAUGCUAACCACUGUACCGUUUCUUCCUCUCUGUCAUAACUUCUCAUUGCAAGUUUCCAGCAGCACAGACGCAUGAGUUUGUUUGAUGUGACUGUUUUGCGACUCUCAGAAAAAAACAUGCCGACAUCAACAAGAUAUCUGUGAGCUCGGAGGCAUUCUGAUGGAUCGGAAAAUUUGGAACCAGUUCUCAACUGGAACUGGUUUUCCAUUCCCAUCCCUGCUGAUUAAGCACGAGAUAUAUGCUUCAUUUGCACAGCAUUAAUUAAAUCCACACCUGUGCUAUGGAAACCGGUUUAGAUUCACGCUGUUUGUGUUACAGUCUCCUGCAGGCCUCCUAAAGAGCACGUUUCUUAGGUAAACUCAGCUGUAGACCUCUUGGACCGUCUUGUUUUGGUAGGAUGUCAUAGAUACUUUAGAACUUAAUAAUUUUUAUGGUAAUACUUCAGAAAGUUAGAUGCCUGUUUUACGUCAGUAGUUAUUGCUUUGGCUGUGUAGGGUCGUUUAUAGGCUGCUGUCUGUAUUUUAUACAACAUGUCAGACUCUGACAUUGAAGCCACGUGUGAAGGGGUAAUGACUUUUUUUUAAAAAAAAUUUUAUCUGUGAACAAGCGAGGUCAUCUCUACAAACCAGCAGCUCUUCAUUCAGCCUUUUCUGAAAUAUUCAGAAUAUGUCAUUAUAGAAACUUACUGAAGCAGUAAUGUCAUUCCAGCGGGCUGCGUGGAGGCUCAUGAAGGGCACUGUUCAGAGGACGAGGGACGUUCACUGCACAAAAUGUGUGUCAGGACUAAAGGGUACUUUUUUAUUAUUUUGCUGCCAUGCUAACUUGAAUGAGUUAAUAUUGUUUACAGUCGUGUUUUCUAUUAAUGAAUGUUUAUUGACACUUAUUUGCACGUUUUGAAGACUGAUGUACAGCUUCACUUGAUUUUAACGUGUCACAUAGGCAUUAUAUAUGUACUGUAAUACAUCUGUUGGCAUUCCCCUGACACUUAUGAUUCAAUGAUGACUGAUUUUCUUUACAUUUGUUGUCUUAUAUUUUGUUUGCUGUCUGCACUACCACUUUUUGAGAGGAAACAAGUUAAAGGGAGUCUCAGUUUCUGUAUAGGAGGAAUUUGUACAGGUUUUUACCCUCAAGUACUGAAUCUUUUCUGUGAGGAUGCUACCUUCUGAAUGGAAGUACAUGUCGGUCAAAUAAACUGGAAAAAUAUGCUGAGAUUAAUAA